CAACAAAUCAGUCUCUAUCUUCGAUUCAGAGGGUGGGUUGCGGACCGAGAUGCUGGCAUGUUGGAAUGUUGAAGAAAACAUACGAGGUUUUCUUGCAGAAUGUGAUAUAUCCCCUCGGAUUCGUGCUGUGUGAAAAUCAAGUGCAUAGGUGUUGAGUUAAAUGGAUAAUUAGGCGUCGAGGAUGAACUGUGACACCAAGUUUCGACGCCACUAUUGCCGCAGCCGAUGGACCGCUUCAGACACCAGCCAGCGUAUAUGAAUAAUGAAGAAAUAAAAUAGAAUAAGUGAUUUUUAAGUUUCUCAACAGCGAACAUUUUGCCUAGCGACAUUUGAACUGGUGCUAUUUAUUUGAGAUUCUAGUGAAUUAGACAAAAUGUCGUACAUGAUGUCGAUGUGUGAUGUGAUGCCUACCAUUUCGGAGGACAAUGUUAGUCAGCGCAACUCCUCCUUUGGGGGAGAAGACCCCAAUUUUGAGGAAUUAAUGGUCUCAAUGCUAGGGGAGCGCCAAAAGUUAAUGGAGAGCAACAGAGAUAUCCAGGAACGGCUUCAUGAAACAGAGACUCGGUUACAUGAAGUCGAAGAAGAACGAAACAACUUGCAAAAACAAAUAGAUGCAAACCUGCCUCAGGAGUUUACUUCAUUGACGAAAGACCUGAACCAAGCGCGACAGGAAGCGACUGCCCUCACCAAAGAGCUGAACCAGGCCAGGGACCAGAUUCUAGAGAAGGAGGAGGAAAUCGCCGAACUCAAGGCGGAACGCAACAAUACUCGGCUGCUACUGGAACACCUCGAGUGUCUGGUGGCGCGGCACGAGAAGUCGCUCAAGAUGACGGUGGUCAAGCGGCAGGCGGCUGCCCAGCAGGGCGUCUCCUCAGAGGCCGAGGUGCUCAAGGCGCUCAAGAGCCUGUUCGAGCAUCACAAGGCGCUGGACGAGCGCGUGCGCGACCGUCUGCGCGUAGCGCUGGAGAAGAACAUGGCGCUCGAGGAGGAGCUCAACAAUGCCAGGGAGGAGCUGAACUGGAUGAAGAUGGGCAAGCUGGAGGCCAAGCCGGCCGCGUCGGCUGCCGAGGGCUCGGGGGAGGCGGCGCCGGCCGAGGGCACCGCUCCGAACGGCCACUCGACCAGCGGAGCGGCCGCCGCCACCCUCACCAACGGCGCCAUCGAGGCCGUCACGGAGGAGACGGCCGCCGAACUCCGCAAAAUCAUCGAACUCCAGACCUCUGAGAUCAGCUCGUCUCAGCGGCGCGUCACAGAGCUGCAGACCCGCGUACAGGAGCUAGAGGAUGCCCUGGCCCGCUGCCAGAAGGACCUGCUCAAGGAGAGAGAUGUUACCAGCAAACUGCAGCGAGAUCUGAAGGAAAACAACGCUCAGAAGCUGGACCAGGAGGAGCGGAUAGCCACCCUGGAGCAGCGCUACCUGAACGCCCAGCGAGAGUCGACCGCGCUGCGGGACAACGGCGAGAAACUCGAAGAGGAGCUCAAGAACAAGGAGGCCCAGCUGAAGCUGCAGAACGAGAAGAUUCUGGCCAUCCAGGAGAAGCUGGAGCUGACUGAGCAGAAGCUCGCCCAGUACUCGAAACUCCCCGAUGUCGAGGAGGAGCUGCGCCGCAGGAUGGCCGCCCUCACGCAGGCUCAGGAGCGUCACGGCUCUGCCGAGGACAGGAUCGGCCGGCUCGAAUCUCAGUUGGAGGAGAAAAGCAGCGAGGUGAUCCGCAUGUCCCAGCGGCUGAAAAUGAACGAGGAGCACAACGCGCGUCUCUCGGCCACCGUCGACAAACUGCUCUCCGAGUCCAACGAGCGUCUACAGCUGCACCUGAAGGAGCGGAUGACGGCGCUGGAGGAGAAGAACUCGCUGACGCAGGAGCUCGACCACACCAGGAAGGUGCUCGAGGACAUGCAGCUGGAAAAGGGCGGACUGCUCCAGGAGAUGUCCAAGCUGCACCUGGAGAUGGAGGCGCUGAAGCAGCAGCUGCUCACGCAGGAGAUCGCCUACAACAUCCAGCAGACGGAGGCGCUCACCAGGAAUCUCUCGCCGAGCGGCGGCGAGUCGGGCUUCGUGCGGUCCACCUCCCACACGAGUUUCGACGGCCGCUCGCUGCCGCGCCGCCCCGGCUCCCGGCUGGCGGCCGGCGCCCCGGCGGCCGUCGGGGACCAGCCGGACGGCGGCGGCGACUGGGAGACGGCCGGCGCCUCCUCGGCCGGCGGCGCGGCCGGAGCGGCCGGCUACGAGGAGGACGAGGUCGAGGACGCCGACAGCAUCUUCAGCACGCUCUCGCCCACCGGCCAAACAGACGCCCAGACGCUGGCCAUUAUGCUGCAGGACCAGCUGGACGCCAUCAACAACGAAAUCAGGAUGAUCCAGGAGGAGAAGCAGAACACGGAGAUGCGCGCUGAAGAGCUGGAGUCGCGGGUCGGCAGCGUCGACCACCUGAACCUGCUGUCCCGCUCAGGCCGCCUCUCACCGCCCGUUUCCGGACGCUCCACGCCCAAGUCGCAGGCGCUGUCGCCGCAGCGAGCCGAGGCGCUCAUGAAGUACCACACGAAGACUGUGCCGGACGGCAGUCCUCCCGCCAUGCGCUCUCAGCGUUUCCAGCCGUUUAACCCUGAUGACAACAUGAGCAGCCGCUCUCUGCCGCACAAUGCCACCAUGCGGGACCCAUCGACGAUCCCGGGCGGCGGCCGCGGCCUCGGCGCCCUCCAUCCGGAUCACGCCCAGUUGAUCAGGCAAUCGUUCGGCGACAGCUCCCACUCGACACCGUCCUCUGUGUCGUCGACCAACAGCAGCCAAGACUCGCUGCACAAACACGCCGCCGCCAAAAAACGCGGCUUCAAGUCCUCGCUCGGGCGCUUCUUUAGCAAAAAGGAAAAACGGGCGUUCGACCUGCACCAGAGCCAGGCGGCGGCGGCGGCGGCGCUGGGCCGUCCGACAGACCUCUACUCUCCGGACACGACCGAUGGCGGGCUGGACUCGCCCGGUGUCACCGUCUCCACGCCCAAGGCCGACUUCGACCGGCGCACCAAGAAAAAGCACGAGCUGCUGGCCGAGGCCAUGAAGGCCGGCACGCCGUUCGCGCUGUGGAACGGCCCCACAGUGGUCGCCUGGCUCGAACUGUGGGUCGGCAUGCCCGCCUGGUACGUGGCCGCCUGCCGCGCCAACGUCAAAUCGGGUGCCAUCAUGUCCGCAUUGAGCGACACAGAAAUCCAGCGCGAGAUCGGCAUCAGCAACCCGCUGCACCGGCUCAAACUGCGGCUGGCCAUCCGAGAGAUGGUCAACCUCACCUCGCCGUCGGCGCCAAACAGCUCGCGGCUGAUGCACAACUUUGCCGAGAUGAACCACGAGUGGAUCGGCACCGAGUGGCUGCCCUCGCUGGGCCUGCCACAGUACCGUACGUCCUUCAUGGAGUGUCUGGUGGACGCCCGCAUGCUGGAGCACCUGUUGCACCUCAACAAGAAGGACCUGCGCGGCUACCUAAAACUCGUCGACGCGUCGCACAGGAAUAGCCUGCACUUUGGCAUCCAGUGUCUGAAGCGGGUCGACUACGACCGCGCCGAGCUGGAGCGGCGGCGGCGCGCCUGCGAGUCAGACCCCGUCGACGUGUUCGUGUGGACCAACGAGCGCGUCAUCCAGUGGGUGGUCAGCAUCGGCCUCAAGGAGUACACCGGCCACCUGGCCGAGUCGGGCCUGCACGGCGCACUCAUCGCCCUCGACGACAACUUUGACCACAACUCGCUGGCGCUGGCGCUGCAGAUCCCCACGGCCAACCAGCAGGCGCACCAGAUUUUGCGGCAGGAGUUUAGUCGGCUGCUGAUGAGCGGCACACACCGACAAGUGGACACAGAGGCGAAGUCGUGAACGUGACCCGGGCGCGGCGCGGCCGUCUCACUCUGCCCGGCUGUAUUGUGUUGUGUUGAUUAGUCCGGUGCUGUACUAGCUGUUGUGGCGUCUUUCCUCGUAUUGCCCUCUCUCUCUCCUGCCUCCGACCUCCUCCCGUUUCUAGCUCCCUCUCCCUAAACAUCUCUCUGAUCUCUCUGCCCCCCCCCCCCUCUCUCGCUCUGUUCUCUGCCCCGAGUCUCCGCCCGUUGUCCACCUAGCUCAGUCUCAGUCGCUGUGUCCGUGCACACUGGGGCGGGCGCGCGCGCUGGCGGCCCGCUCACCUCUCGGGCGCCGCCCCUGGCCCGGUCUUCCUGGCCGUAGCCGGCCGCCCCCGCGUACCAGCUUUGGCCAUAUCAGUUGAAACCGGCGCCGGCACACGCCGUCUAGGAACCCGUCUGGCCGGCGCCGAGUCCAGCCCGCUCGCGCUGAGUGCACUGCCUGUACAUAGCCGCCUGCCCGCUGCGCCGCCGCACAGCCUCAAUUGCAUCGCCUCGGUCGCAUUUGUUAGCUUAGUCCAGUACAAACGGUGACUAUGUUGUCUCGCUGGCGCCGCGCCGCCCCGCCCGGCCGGUACGGGGCCAGCCGUGCCGCCGCACCUAGUCAGGCCAGGUCACAGUGUCUAGUCAGCCGGGGCCGCCCGCCCGGCCCUCGAUGGGUGCCACACGCGCAGUCGCGCACCUGCGCGCGCGCGCGCGCGAACGCUGAUUCUGUUUUGUAUGGUUCUGUAUCUCGGCACUGUGUGCGUAUGCGUGUGUCCGGUCGCGGCGCACCGCGCGGCUCGGAGCCCGGAGUCGGGCAGGCCGGGACCGCCGCCGCCGCCGGCGCUUAUGUUGCGUCUCAUGUUGCGUCUCAAUGUUAUUAUACCUCUGUUUGACAGUAUUAUGGCGGCGGUGACGCGCGCGGCGGGCGGGCGCGCCGGCCCGGCCCGUCUGAUGGCCCGCCCGUAGCGUCGCGCUGUUGAAUGGUUUGCGUGGGUGUGUAUCGAUGCGUACGUGAACGAGCCUCCCUUCCUUUACGCAUCCCAUCGUUCUCCCUACGACGGCCUGGCAGCCGGCCGCAUAUAUUGUAUGUUUCUCUACACUCGAUACGUUUUACUGGAGCAUUAAUAAUAUAUCGCUGCCAACAGUC